AUACCUACUUUAUUGACUUUUAUCUUGGUUUUCUUUUAGUAUGUUGUUUUCAUUUUUUUUUUUCCGUUUUCAUUUUGAGACUUCGCUUAUCCUGUAUGAAUUGAUUGGAGCAGUUUGCAACUUCUAUUUGUUUUCCUCUUAAAUUUCUAUUCCCAAAAUUCGAUGCCUAGUAUCGCCCGUGUCAAUAUAUGUUAGUGACUAUGUGCUUGUUUUGAUAGAUAAUGCAUUUUUCACGAAGUUGUAAUACCUGGUAGCCUGUGUUGGUUUAACCAUUUCCCAUCAAAGGAUUUCUCAGUUCAUCCUUUUUGCAGCGCCUUUUGCAUCUUUAAAUCUUCCUUUUCCUCUUUCUAAGGUAAAGGGUUUGUUUGGACUGAAGUGAGCUAUGGAUAAAGUAUGGGAGGUAACUUUAGACUUAAGGCCAAACAUGGCUAUUUCUCCAUAAGUCAGUAUUGUGUUUUGGGGGUUCGGAGACAAUUAAUGAUCUUUCUCUGCAUUUUAAGAUUGCCAUGCAGCUUCGUAAUAAAGUUCUUGGCAUCCCAUUUAAGAUAUUUUUUUUAGCAAUGAAGUUCUGAAGUUUUGGAAGCCAGUAGGAGUGUCCUUUAACUCUGCAACUUUUUGGCUGGCGUGUGGUUUUUAUGGGUGAAUUCUGUCGGAUAGAAUUGUUUUUCUCCCCUGGGUUUUAGGGAGAUUCCUUGCCCUGUGUCCUUGUAUUAUCUUGAGAGCCUAGAUUAAUAGAAGUCUUACUUUGUAAUUCUAUUGUGUGAUAGGAGAAUCUAACAAUUGGUGCAAGUGCUCCUGCAAAACAUAGUUGCCAGUAUGGACUUCAUAUCUUAUUAUCACUUCAUAGCUAAAUCUGUGUUACCGAAUAAGAUAAUCUGAACUAGUGAUUGGUCAAUUGUUUGGUUAAACCAUUACUGUGUAUUAAUGCAUUGACUUUUGUGUGUAAUCUGUAGGUCACUGCUUUUUGUUGACAUCUUAUGACUGUUGUGGUACUGUUUGUUGCUGAAGACCUGAGUGUUAUACUGUGGGAUUGGUAUAACCUUGAAAAGUCUAAGCGGGUAAAACCUUUCCGUUGUGGAGAAUACAAUGAAUGCAUUGAAAGAGCAAAGGCAUCUGCAGCCAAUGCAAACAAGAAGGCAGUGAAGUAUGCUCGCAGAGAAGAUGCAAUCCUCCAUGCUCUUGAACUUGAGAGUGCUCGCCUAGGCAAGGAACCGUUAAAUUUCUCCAGAGAAGAUAAAUCAGCCAGUGAACAUACUGUUGUAGCUGGAGAAUCACCAGUUUUGUCCAAUUCCGGUGAUGAUAAUGAUGACAUUACUGAUGAUCCCAGUGACUCUGAAGAUAAUUCUAAUUCAGCUCCAGAAUUAUCUCAAUCUGGUAUAUCUUUUGAAGAGCCAAAUCACAACGUUUCUUCCAAGGUGCAAUCUGUUCAGGUUCGGAGAAGAAGAACCCCUAAUGACUCAGAAGAUGAUGGGACUGAAGGAGUCAAGAGAAUGAGAGGACUUGAGGACCUGGGCAUUGGUGUGGUGUCAAAAAGAAAGGUUCAGGGUGCAGGAACAACUGAUGUAGUUCAGCAGGAAAUUGCUUCCCUAAGCAAUUCAAACGCCAGAAGUUGCUUGGCAAAUGGUACUACGGUAAAUGGUGGCAAGAUUAAUCCUUCAUCACUGAAAAGAAAGAGAUCACAAGUGGCAAAUGUUCAUGAAUUCUUGAAAAGAAAAAACCGACGCCGACCUUUAACAAAGGUUUUGGAGAGUACAGCCAUGGUAUCAGUUCCUGUCAUUUGUGAUCAGCUUCCAAAUCCAACCAGUUCUCCACUUUGUGGGGUACCUGAUGGGAAAAUUUCAGGAUUGGAUUCCAUCGGGUCAAAGAAAGGUAUUCCACUGGCUAUUCACAAUUCUGAUGGUAAUGGAGUAGCAUGUGAAAAUGGAACUGCAUUAGGUGUUAAUGAACGUGGCUGUGGUGCUCCUGAAAUUAGUCACAGGGUCAAGGAGAAUGAGACUUCUGGCAUGUCAGGGCUAGUUGGGAAUGGUUCUUCAGAUAAGUUAUUUGAUGUACCGCUUGUUGGAGAUUUGGGAGAGGAGAAACAUGCUCCAGGCUUUUCACCUGUUAUUGUUUCUUGUUCAUCUGAAAAGCCUCAAGAUGGUGCAUUGGGAGAAUCUUGUCCUGGUGCUCAAUCAGAAGUCCCGUCAUCAGCUAAUGGGGGCCAAAAUGAUUCUGGUUGUAUGACUCUUGCUGCUUGUCAUGAUAAUAUUGGCCGUGGUGAUGAGAAAGGUAGUUCAAAGUGGCAGUCAAAAGGAAAAAGGAACUCCAGAAAUACAAAUAAAAAUAGAAAACAGGUCUCAAGAAAUUAUGUGGACAUGGAUGGUGAAUCCAAUGCUUAUUUGGCAGUUACAGAGAACCCUGAUGAAUCCUCUCAAGGUGCUGGGCAGAAAGUUGAUUGGAAUAACACAGGUGCACCGACAUCCUCAUACCUUUGUCCAUCUCAAACCAAUUGCAAAUCAGUUGCUGAAGGCCAACUAGAUGGGUGCCGAGGCCUGAGCAAGCAUGCCAGGGGUACAACAGAGGCAAAGCUAUUGCCUGAUGGUUCUCUCACACCUCAGAGAUUGCUUCCUUAUCGCCAGUCCAGGUUUACUGUUAACUCCAGAUAUCAGAUGGCUGAUUUUCCUGGAAGAAAUAAUUGUUCUGACGCUUCAUUAUAUGAUGUGAAGAUAGAGGUUAAAGCCAGCUACCGGCCACAACAUGUCCCUCUGGUUUCUCUCAUGAGUAAAUUGAAUGGCAAGGCAAUUGUUGGACAUCCUCUUACGGUUGAGCCCUUGAAUGAUGGGCAUUUUGAUGAAAUGUUGAGCAGCAUUGGGGGCAACUUGGCCACCGGUGAUAGUUAUUGUGCAUUAAAACCAAACUUAGCCAGUCAAAGACUGCCUAGCAAGAAUUUGUCUCGUAUUUCAUCGAGUAAAUCUUCCAGAAUGAAGAAACCUGGGCUGUUGAAUAAAAAGAUCCGGAAACUGUCAUCACUGACGGGUCACAAGCAAUCAGAAGAGGAGAGAAAACCAGUGGUAGAUAAGUUCAAAGGUCCUGUCAUAGCUUGCAUUCCCCUAAAAGUAGUAUUUAGUAGGAUAAAUGAGGCAGUGAAUGGUCUGGCCCGGUCAACCCACCGUGUAUUACCGGCAACAAACCCUUGACUUUGCAUAAUGGGAGGAACGUACAGUGAAUGGUUUUAAUGGAGAUUUGGUUCUUUAAUAGUCUUGAGAGAUUUUGAUUCAGUUCAGUUUGCAACACAACAUAUUCUACCAUGAAGGUGGAAUCUUAUGUACAAUUUCAAGACAUUCCGGAGUAGUAGGGUAGGAGUUCAAUCCUUGGCUUCUCUUGGUUUUGUAAAUAAUGUAAAAUUAGGCGAGGUUGUAAAGAUGAUCUAGUAUUAGGUAUUGGUGACCUGAUAUUAGGUUCUUAAAAUGAGUUAUGAGUUCAGGUUGAUUUAGAGGUUUAAUAACAGUUUAUCAUAUUGUAUUAGAGUCCGGGACUUGAUAAUUUAUUUCAAGCCUCUACGAAAUCACAGCUGAAAAAAAAUACAAACAUGUGAGAAUAUUUGUUUUUGUCGUCUA